AUGCCUUCUAAAUUUAAAGAUUGGAUUAAAAGUAUGGAUAAGAAAAAACAAAAAACGUAUCAUUUUCAUAAUGAAUGGAAAGAACUUUAUUUUUUCACAAUGUACAGAGAUAAUUGCCUGUGUUUGAUAUGUCGUGCUACAGUUGCUUUAGCAAAAAAAGGGAACCUCGAAAGACAUUUUUCGAGUUUACAUAAAAAUUAUGAAAAUGAAUACCCUGUAAAUAGCGAGUUAAGAAAACGAAAAGUAAAAGAAUUAAAAGGUCAAUUAGCAGCACAGCAACUUUUAUUUCAUUCUAUUACGCAACAAUCUAAGUUGGCAACUGAAGCAUCGUAUGCAAUUUCCUACGUUUUGGCAAAACAUAAAAAACCUUAUCAGGAUGGUGAAAUUUUUAAAGAAGCUUUCCUUGAAGCGAGUGAAAAAUUAUUUUGUAACUUUAAAAAUAAAAACGAAAUUCUUAAUGCAAUUAAAGAUUUACAACUUUCUCGUCGAACUGUAACGCGACGAAUUGAAGAUAUGAAUGAGAAUGUAAUUCAACAAUUGGAAGAGGACAUAUAUAGCUGCAGUUUCUUCUCAUUACAGUUUGACGAAUCCACUGAUGCCGUUGAUACUGCACAAUUAAUUGUCUUUAUAAGAAUGAUAUUUUCCGAUAUUUCGAUAAAAGAGGAAUUUUUAACAAUACUUCCGAUGAAAGAAACAAUACGAGGUGAAGACAUAUUUACAACGUUUGUUACAUUUACUAAGAAAACAAAAUUGCCUCUACAUAAGUUGGUUUCUAUAUCAACCGAUGGAGCACCCUGUAUGGUUGGCCGAAAAAAUGGAUUUUUAGCCCUUUGUCGACAAAACGAACAAUUUCCCGAUUUUAUAUCAUUCCACUGCAUCAUUCAUAAUAACGUUUUAUGUGCAAAAGUGUUGGAUGUUAACGAUGUUAUGGAUGUUGCAGUAAAAAUUGCUAAUUCUAUAAGAGCACGGAGUUUAAGAACGCGAUUGUUCCGUAAUCAGUUAGAGGAGAAUGAUUCGGAAUAUGAAGAUUUAGUGCUUUUUUCCAACGUUAGAUGGCUUAGUCGAGGAUGUUUUUUGGAACGAUUUUUAGAGCUAUUGCCCGAAAUAGUAGAAUUUUUAAAUUUGUUGGGAGAAAAACAUAGACAGCUGGAAGAUCCACUUUGGGUACAAAAGUUGGCGUUUCUAACUGAUUUUAUUUGUCAUUAUAACUCACUAAAUUUAGAAUUACAAGGAAAAGGAAAAAAUAUUAUUCAAUUAAAUGGUUUAGUCCUUUUGAAGAAUCAAUCAUUGAGUUUGAUUGUUACUGGGAUUGUUCUUCGACCAUUUGAUGGGAUUUGUGGACUUCCGUAUCUAUUAUUAGUCGAUAAAUUUCGACGUCGCAAUUGCGGAUAUAAAACUGGAUCACGUACGUUAACAGCGACGCCAUCAUCGUUAUCAUAA